AAAAGUACCAUUCUGAUAAAGAUUGAAGUUAAGAUAAUGUAUAUCUGACGCUAGAUGAUUUAACGUUAAGGGUUGCUUACUAUAAGGGAUAUGUCAUCAGAGUUAGUCAUUCUCCAGUUGAGUUAAACCUUUAAGUUAAUUUUAUUUAGGGGUAGACUCUGAUUUCCAGCUGACAAAAAUUAGAGUUGACUGAAUUUAUGACUGAAAGUCCCGUUCCCUGGUAUUUUUACAGCCAGCCAUUUAUAACGCUAAACAUACUCAGUUGCCAGGUUAAAAGGUAAACCUAGGUUAGCCAAAACCAAUGCAAGAACCCUGCAUUAAAUCCUCUUCAUGAGGAUUGAUGGAUUAAUAGCAGGGCUGCUGUAUUGGACUGCUUAAGUUUUAGCUAAGUGUACCUAAUAAACUGGCAAUUUGAUGGCUCUAUACUAUAGGCCUACUUCCAUUUAGAUGGGGUAUAUUAAACAACAUCAAGACACAAUUACUGCUGAGACAAGAUUUUUAUAGCAAAUUGUAGAACAAAAGAAAUACAGUGGAUGUGACAAGAAGGCAGCAGUCUGAUAAAUUUUAGAUCAUAUUUACUCCAUAGGCUACCAUGACUAAUAUUAGUCAAAGUACAUGUAGUUAGAAUCCUUGCUGCAAAGCUUUGUUAGUAAAGAUAAGCAAAUGGAUGAGAAAGAGCUGAGUGAUCCCCUGAAUAAUGUAUCAGUCAUUAAAGACGACCUGACCAGGUCAAACAUUGGGUCCUCUGGUGACACAGAAAAAAUGAUCCAGCACUUGAAGGAUGAGCUUCGAGAAGCCCAGGAGCUAGCUAAUACUGAGAAGCACAAAUGCAUGGAGCUACAAGGUAUCCUGAAGGAAGAAAGAGAAGAAAAUAAACAACAAGCUGACGAAUCUGCAAAACAGAUAAAACUUCUUGAAGGCCAGCUGCGGCAGCUCCAAGAUGAAAUGGGCAAUCUCAAAGAGCAGCUAGACGUCUCCUCCAGUUCACACGGUGAGCUCCAAAGUGCACGUGAUGAGGUGAAAGUGCUGAAACGUGCCCUGGAGGCAGCCACUGUCGAGCGGGACCGUGACGUCACCGCCAUCCAGACCCAUCUGGCGACCGUCUCGAAGGAUCUGGACAAAUGGCGUCAGACUGCCAACAAAUAUGAGCGCGAGAUUGAGAAUCUACAGCGUGACCUUCAACAGCAGAGCAAGCAGUGGCAAAAAACUGCAGAAAUACAAGCCAGUGAGCUGCAGUCCAUGCAGGUGGAGUGUAAUGGGCUUCAGAAGGAGUGUUGUAUCCUGAGAUCUGAAAAACAAGAUGUUGUGAAUAAGCACCAGAAGGAAAAGAGCGGUCUGCAAAGUGAGUGUGCUUCUCUCAGGGCUGAGAAGGAGGAACUCCUCAAGACUCACCAGAAAGAGAAGGGCAACCUGCAGAGUGACUGUGCAGCACUGCGCUCUGAGAAAGAGGCAGUGCUGCAGAAACAGAAGCAGCUGGAGAAGGACCUUGCCAGUUCACGUGCCCAGAACAUUGAGCUGACCAAUAGCCUCAAAGCCCUUGAGAGAUCCCAGCAAGAGUUGGAGAAGAGGCUGGCGGCCCAGCAGCUCCAGCACCAGCAGGAUAGCACCAACCUGCAAGCCCAACUGGAUGAAGCGGACAGCCGCAGCAAAGUCCUACAGAGAGAGUAUGAGGAGGCUAAGAUGGAGCUGUCAGACCUGAAGGAAAAGUAUGAGAAGACCGAGCAGGAAAAACAGUCGCUUAUAGAAGAACUUGAGGAGUGCAAAGGCAACAUGAAAGAAUUGCAGGAGAAGGGAACAAAGACAUCCCUAUUGCUGCCUGUUCAAGCCAUAGUCAUCGGCCUUAUCCUGGCUUUGCUGUAUUGGUGCUUCGGCGCAUUGUGGUAGCAAGAAGCCGUGGAUGAUCUGGGGGCCCGUAGUUGCCGUGGCUCUGACAGCUGUGACUGCUGCUGUGCUCUUCAGGACCUGAGGACAACUUGCUCAAACACACACACACACACACGUGAAAUCCAUAUUUGUCAUCUGAUUUCUCCACACUUGCCCCUUAUCAUAUCUGCACUGUUAAUUAGGAGGGCUCAUACUUAACACUGUUUAAUUUUUAGGAUGCUCUAUUUUAGAUGACAGAGGUUAAUAAAGGAAUGUCAGUUUAGUCUGCAAAUGAAUAAGGUCGUCUGUUAUUUGAAGGAAACCUUGUUGGGUUGUUUUUUAGUUAACUGUCUUGACUUAUAGGAUUAAUGAAUGUAAAGAGAUAUAUAUGAUGGUAUUUUAGAUGGAUCACCUUGGCGUUAGGACCUUCCUAAAUGUAACACAUCUCUAUAACUGUCAGAAUAAUAAAUAUUGCCACAAUAA